UGUCAUUUAAAUCUUAAUUCUUAAUCAAUGACUACUAACCGAUUUGAAAAACUAUUACAAGAUGCGAAAAAGCUCCCAAAUAUAUCUUCAAAGUCUGAAACGCCUCAGCUUAAUCGUGACAUUCGAUUAAUUGCAAAAGAAUCACAAAUAAUGGCUUCAAAAGUCAAUGCUAAUCAAGAUCUUACACCCACAGGUCAUUACUUUUUGGCUCAAAGUGGUGCAAAUACGCAAGAAGUUACAUCAAAUUUAAAGAUGUUGGAUACAAAAUUUACUUUUGAACCUUCUCAAGUAGCCAAAAAGACAGAUGUAGAGGCUUAUUUAAAUCAAGUUUAUAAAGAAUAUGAAAAGCAAACGAUUGAGAGAUCGAAAAAGGAUAGAAUUCAAUCUUUUUUUGAAAGUAUGGAUGAAGGAUUGCAUUCUAAUUGGCAAAAAGCAAAAACUCAAAUCUUACAAAACUGGGAACUCGAGCAGGAUAAUAAGAAAUUUGGACGACAAACUCAAGGAAAAGAUCAAAGUAUUCAAAAGCUCAGAAAAAAGAUUUUAGCUUAUGCUUCUGUUGUAAAGGACAUCAAUUUGAACCGUUUACUGUUAAAUAAGAUUCCAGUCAUGAAUAAGUUCAAAGCACUUUCUAAUUUAACUGAAUGCACAAAUAUACAAAGAACAUUUAUGCUAGAGGCUUGGGAUCUUGCUUCACAUUUAGCAAAUGAAAAGAGAGAAAGUGGAGAAUGUAUGGAAGGCGUUUAUACAAGUCAAGACUAUGACAAAGCAAGUAUUGUUCAAAUGAAUCGUCGUUUAAUUAAUGCUUCAAGGACCUGGUUAGAAAAACAAUAUUAUUUAUUAGCAGAAGAUAUUUUAUUUAAGAAUGCAAAUAUAGCUAGAGUAGGUGGAUCACCUUCAGUUAGCCAUCGACUGCGUGCAUUUAUGGACAUCAGCUUUAAGACCAUUAAUAAAUCUUGGUUUAAUCCAAACCUUGAAAUUUAUAAUGGUAUACCUAUCUGGCUAUUUAUCUUUAUCUUACUUCGUAGUGGUUAUCCGGAUUUGGCCAUUCGAUUCAUUGAAGACAACCAAACGUCAUUUUCUUCUGCUCCCGAGUUUCCUCUCUAUUUUAAAGAAUAUUUUUCGUCUCCUGAUCAUAGACUUUGUGAAGAAAGUCGUAAAAAGGUAUCUACUCAAUUUCGAAUUAUGAAGUAUGGAAAUGAGUCCGUAGAUCCAGUAAAAAUACUCCUGUAUCAAAUUUUGGGUCGUUGUGAGUUAAAUAGCACUUAUCCUUGUGAAGUUAUUAGUACAAUUGAGGAUUAUAUUUGGCUUCGUUUGACUCUAGUCCGUGAAUCACUGAAUGAAGAACAAACUGAACAUGAACGAUAUCAUCUUAGUGAUCUUCAACAAGUGAUUGCUGAACAUGACUUUAAGAAGAAUGAACUUAAUCCCUGGCUUUAUUUCAAAAUACUUUUGUUAACACUUCAAUUUGAACGGGCCACACACUUUUUAUACUCAAAUGAGAACUUUAAAGUGGAAGCUGUACACUUUGGCAUUGGAUUUGUAUAUCAUGGACUUAUUCGUAUUCCAAAGCAACCAAGAGAUAAUAUAAUUGACUUGUUGAUUACAGAAUCGGAUGGAAAUAUGUGUUGCUUAAAUUUUGUUCGUCUUAUAAAUCAAUAUAUUCGAUUGUUUAUAUUCAAAUUGGCUGAGGAUGCACUUCAAUAUAUAUACCUUAUCACUCUUUAUCGAACAGAAGAUAUGAAGAUUCUUUGUCAUGAACAAUUAAGUAAUUACAUUAUAGAAACAGAAGAUGAAGAAUAUAAGCAGUUACUUGGACAAAGAUCAGUAGAUCAUCAACAAGGAACAAUUGAUAAAUUUAAACCAUUAUUAGGAUUAGACAUAAAUAAGGCAGAUGAAUAUAAAGAAAUGACUCUUGAUCGUAUUGCAAAAGGAUUUCAAGAUGAAGGACGAUUUAAAGAUGCUGUCAAUGUAUAUGAACUCAAUAAAAAUAGUAUUGCAGCAUUGCGUGUACUUAUUCGACAACUAGACUAUACACUGAAUAUGGGACCAUCUGAACGCGCUAAACAUAAUCGACAAUUAGAUGAAGAACUUGUGGAAUUCUGUAUUCAAACAGUUAGGAAUUACGAAAAUAAUGCAUCUAUUCAAGAAGAUCAUAAAGUUGUACAAAGAUAUCAUAUUUUACUCAAGUUCUUGCAAGCUACAUUAAAAUACGAAAAUAAGGAAUAUGAAGAAACAUUAGAGUAUAUUAAAUCGACCUUUUUGUUCCCAUUUGAUGGAGAUUAUACAAAGAUAUGUCAAUAUGCUGAACGAUAUGAAGACUUGGAAGAUGAUAUUUGCAGUCAUCUUCCAGAUAUGAUUGUUAUAACAAUUGACACUUUAUAUGCAUUAUGGAAACAAUACUCUGACCGUAAUUUAACGAAGUUAUUAAAUGAAGAAUAUCGAAAGCAUUUGAUUCAAACUUAUGAGAAUUAUAGCAAUUCUAUUAUGGUUUUCAUUGGGUUAAUUAGUUCAAAAAUACCGUCUACUGUAUUACAAAAGAUUAACAAGAAAGUAUCAGAAAUCCAUUAUAAUUUAUAAUUUGUAUCAAUCGGUAAAUAGUUUAUCCAUGAGGUGGUUUCAGUCAUAAAGCGGAAAAUGUUCAUAUUGCAAAUAACAUUUACUAUCUAAUAAUCUUAUAAUUAAUAAAAAGCCUGGAUUUUGUAUAAAUAUAA